UCUUUGGCUUUGUUACAUGAACAAAUAAUGUUUUGCAAGCGUAUUCUUCCUGUAUUUAUUGAAGCUUUUCAGAAAAAGCAGGGUUGUUCUUUUGAACAUGUUUUGGUUUCUAGGGAGAUCCUUGGAAGUGCCGGAGGAAGCCUGCAGCCUAGUUGUAAAUUAGAUCCUUGCGCUAUAGAAUCACUGGUUGAACUACAAAUUGUUAUGGAAACAAUUGAGUUCAUUGAAAAUAAGAAGAAACUUCUAGAAAGGGAACCAACUUUCCGAAGCUUGCUUUGGUAUGAUAAUUCUCUCUGCAGUGAGCUGUUUGGUGGGCAGACAGGUACCCAACAACAAUCAAAUUUCUAUCCUGCUUUUCAAAGGAGAUUAAAAUACAGUCCUCUUAAUGAGCUAGAGAGCUAUCAUAAACAACUGGUAGACGUCUUUGAGAACACAAGAUGGGAAAAUAAUUCUUACUAUACCUUCUUGAAGUCAAGACGAGAAAUAGAGGAAUGUGAGGCUGCAAUGGAAACUAAUUCCGAUUACUCUGAUUUCUUUCUUUCUGUGCCAUAUGUUUGUGGAGCUAACUAUGGUGAUACGCUAGAUGAUCUAGAAGCAACAAGAAAAAACACAAUGCAGUUAAUCAGUGUAUAUAAAGAUCUUCCAGGCAUUCAUCUGAGUGCUGAAAAGGACUUCCAUCUUUGGCUUAUAAUGGACAUUACUACUACCAAGUUAGAAUUUAUAAGAACCUGUGAAGGAGUGAAUAUAAAAUCAUCAUUGUUUGGUCUUGAGCACAUAUUUUUUGACGCAGCUAAAAGUCUUGUUUGGAAAGAGAAAUUCAUAAAUGGAAAUUUAAAAGAUGGACAAAUGCUCAAUAUAGUUGACUUGUCUAAGUUCUAUCAAACAUAUGAAAACAUGAUACAGCAAAUUACAGAGCAAGCUGUCCAGCAAACACAUGUUCAUGAAAAGAAAGCUAGGCAACAAAAUGCAAAUAAUUGCAUUGUAAAUUCUCUCAUAUUGCCUAAUAUUUGUUUUAUUGGUGAAAUACUGGAUGAAGCACAGUCUGCAGACAUUGAAAGACUGGAGCAGCUUAUGUGUCGGUGUACAGAACACAUGGAGAUGCUGCAAAAGUAUUUUCAGAUUUUACAAGAAGAGAACAUAAGUGUCUUAAUCACAAAAGAAAAUGUUUUGGGAUUUAUGAAAAGUGAUGGCAUAAAACCAGUCAUCUUGAAACCAGAAGCUAUUGAGAUUUAUAUUGAACUGGCAAUGGUAUACGAAACUGUUGUAUACUUACAAAAUUCAAUAGCUCAAAAAGUAAACAAGCCACGAUUUCGAAGUUUGCUAUGGAUUGAUUUGUCACUUCUGCCUGAAUUUUUUCAGGGACAGGAAAAAAUGGCUUCUUUUUCUUACCGGAAAGGUAAUAUUUUAGAACUAAUAAAGUCUUCAAUUUCUGAAAUUGAAGAGGAGUUAAAUGUUAUUUAUGACUAUUCAGGGAAUUUAAACUGCCCAUAUGCAGUACACCUUUUUACAAGAGAGCUUACAGAACUUUCCAAAACUAAAAACCUGCUAAGAAAAUCGAAGCCUUCCAUCGCCAGGUGUGUGGACCUGGCACCAUAUAGCAUAAGUUUAAAUUAUGGGAGUACUGUUUAUGAAUUAGAAUGCAACUUCAACCAGUUUUCUUCACUUCUUGAAAAACUAAUGUUAGCUGAAAGGAAGGAUUUGGGGAAAAUAGCUCACAUUAUGAAAAUCAUGAAAACCAUUGAACACAUGAAGUUUGUCUGUUCUGAACAGGGAAAAUCACCUCUCCCUGUAGUUAUACAUCAGAUGCUUAAAAACUGGAGAAAAGCAUUCCAGUUUAAAAGGCUGGACACGAAAACAAAUCUGACUGAUGGUGAAGGAAAGAGCACCAAACACAACUUUCAGCAUUCCCAAGCUUGGAAUGAAAGGCCUGCUAAUGUGAUCCUAGAAAGUAACCUGUGCUCACCUGAGGAAAAUAAUGGUUUCCCUCAAAGUAAAAAGAAAAAGAAACAUUGAAAACAUAAUUUUUCAAAAUGCAAAGGACAGCAGUUAAGCAUUUCAGCAGAU